AUAGUUUUUAUUCAUUGAAGCAUAAUUUAAACCCUAAAAAUUUUCAGAGAAUUUCCAAGAAGGAGCACUAAUAUGCCGGCAGAUAAUGAACUCUCAGCUAUUCUAAGUCGUAGAAAUGAGAGAAAUGAUGCGCUCGAUUCUGGCCAGGAUGUUAAGCCUAGGUUUGUCAAGACCUCCAUCUAUACAGACUUCACAGACUUCACCAGGAAGGAGAUCAAGGAGUUCGAGGAAAAAUUUAAACUGUAUAAUAUCUCCGGGAGUGGAUCUAUAUCCUUGUCUGAGCUGAAGAUGAUGAUGGAGAAAUUAGGAGCACCACAAACCCAUCUCGGACUCAAGAGUAUGCUCCAGGAUGCGGAUGAGGACAAGGACGGAGCAAUCUCUUUCAGAGAGUUCUUGACAAUAUUCCGAAAGGCUCGGGCCGGAGAACUUGACAUAGAGUCAGGGUUGGGUCAGCUCGCCCAGCUGUCGGAGGUAGAUGUCGACCAGGUCGGAGUUAACGGAGCUAAAACAUUCUUCGAAGCGAAGAUUGCUCAAGUACACAAGGGAAGUAGGUUCGAGGAGGAGAUGAAGGAGGAGAAGAAGGAGAGAAUCAGGAUGGAGCAGGAGCAGAGAGAACGAACCCAAGCAUUUAAAGAUCGAGCAAAGAUAUUUUCAUCCUAGUGCUUCUGGACUUUUAGAUCUGUUUAGAAUAUUCUUAAGAUCAGACUUCUUUUCACAGACUAGUGCUGUUCAAAACUAAUGUCUAGAAGCGAACUAAUCGCUCUGAGAACUCUGUUACCGGGAUGACCUUCUCUCAGAUCUUGAACUUUUUGGAAAUCUUUUUUCAUUUCAAGGGAUGUUCAAAGAUCUUCUUGUAGAAAAAGGUUGUGUAAGGAUUUUUUCUCCGAUUUAUUUCUUGAAGAUCUUAGUUGCAGUCUAGGAUUGUAUAAAGAUUUAUCAGUUUAAAUAUGCAAUUUUAAAAAAUAUCCCCCCCCCUCAUCCAAUAGAAAUCGUUUCAGAAAAAAAAGAACAUAUGCUUUUUCACAACAUAUAAUCUUGCAAUAUUUCCCUUUAAAUUCUAACAAGGCCUAUUUUUCUAUGAUUAGAAUUUAUUGGUUUAAAAAGUAUUCAAUUAAUUUUUCUAAACUGGUUUUAGCACUGUAAGAACUUGUGUCAGUGGGAAUACAAUAAAUCUGUGAGGUGGAGAAACCAGACAGUGACCAUAUCUUGUAUUAGAACUGAUAAAGGAUCUGGCCUUAAACCGUAAUGAUUUUUAUUACUCCUAGUGUACAGGGUUAGUCAAUUAACAUGAGAGUUAAACCCGGGAUUUACUAUUUAUAUAAUAUACUGCAUUUAUGUCACAAAUAAUUAAUCAGUUAGUCUUAUAUGUAUUAAUAUGGCAUUUAACUAAAAGUUUAUAUAUUUUUUAUGAUGAAAUAAAAUGAGUUUGAUAUUU